UUAACAGCUUCUUGGGGUUGCUAAUUGCGUGGGGGCCACUGCAGGCACAAAGCCCCGAGCCAUGCUCAGGGAGCACGCGCCGCCCACGCUGGCCUCAGACCUCCCCUACAGGUGAGUGACUGGCGAAGCCCCAGGACAGGCAGAGACAGGAGAGCACUGUCUUCCACAACCAGCCUCCGACCCGGCCCAGGAACAAAGUCUCCCGUGCAAGUUCAGCCCAACGACUGCGGUGAAAAGGCUCCUCCCGCUCACAGUGUGAACAACAGGGUAUCCUCAGACUCUUGAAAGGGGAAGAAGAUGACAAUGAGGGCCCACCAGUACCCUUCCUGGAUCUUCAUUAAUGAGAGGACGUUCAUAACCAGGGAACAACUUCAUUCUUUAUUGAAGACCUAUAACAUUUUUUAUGGGAACCAGAAAAAUCUGCAUAUUCUAUAUGGACAGACUGAAGAUGGGAAACUAAUUGUUGAAGGAAUGCUGGACAUUUUCUGGGGAGUGAAACGACCUAUACAGCUGAAAAUACAAGAUGAGAAGCCAAUCUCUUCUUUCACUGUGUCAAAGUCACCAGAUGCCUUUUCUAACAAAGGGAGAAUGACACGCUGGGGAGAAUUUGAUGAUCUUUAUCAUAUCAGUGAGUUGGAUAGGACCCAGAUUCCAUCGUCUGAAUCAAACAAUUCCCGGGAAGACUAUUUAUCUUAUCACAGCAGCACUCUGAAGCUAUAUGCAUAUGAAGAACCCGAGUCCCCAUUGCUCUAUAGAACCAUGAGUGAAGCAGCCCUGGUAAGAAAAAGGAUGAAGCCUCCAACGAUGGACAGAAAAGAUAGACAGAGACAUAGGGCCUCUAUUAAUGGACACUUCUAUAACCAUGAAACAUCAAUUUUCACUCCAGCCUUUGGAUCAGAAACUAAGGUCAGAACAAACAGUACCAUGACAACUGAAGAAGUAAUAAAGCAACUUCUCCAAAAAUUUAAGAUUGAGAAUAGUCCUCAGGAUUUUGCUCUUUACAUUAUUUUUUCAACUGGAGAGCAGAGACGGCUAAAAAAGACAGAUAUUCCAUUACUGCAGAGGCUUCUACAAGGACCUUCCAAAAACAAUGCUCGAAUUUUUCUCAUGGAUAAAGAUGCAGAAGAAAUUAGCAGUGAUGUGGCACAAUACAUUAACUUUCAUUUUUCUCUCUUGGAAUCCAUUCUUCAAAGAUUAAAUGAAGAAGAGAAAAGAGAGAUUCAAAGAACAAUAGCAAAAUUCCAGACAGAAAAGGCCAUUAUACUAAAAUGUCUUCAAAGUAAACGGAGAGUAAAAACAGAGACAACAGUUUAGUAAUACAGGCCUCUAUUGCUAAAACAUGUCAACAAAAUUAGAGAGAGAUUACUAUUUGACAAAUGCAUAAAGUCUGCACUAGCAUUCAGAUCAUGACAUCUAUGACUUUGAACUGGUAGAAAAACCAAAUGUUGAAAAAGCUUUUUUUUUUUUGAAGUGAUAAGGUUAACUAGGGUUCAUGUUUAGACUAAAAUGAGCUCAAAUCUAGUUUCAGUAACUGAAAUAAGCUUGGAUACUGUGUAUUCCAAAUAUCUGUUAUUUAAAAUGUGUAAUGAAUGUGGCAUUUUCAUAUAUUAUUCAGCUCAAAUUUAUUUUAGCUUGAAUUCUGAAGAGAACUGAAAUAUCAUCAACUGAUACAGAAAUGACCAGAAGUCAUUUGCAGCCAUUUGCAGGAAUCUAGUAUAAUACUGUGUAUGAUUUGGGCCUGGGCAUCUUUGAGGCUGCAUGGGACAAAUGUCAGAAAAGAAGCACACUAGAUCGCUGACUCCUUGGGGCUGUCUCUACAAGCAGACACUGUGCUGAGAUGUAAUAGCCGCAAUUUGAGCCCAGGGAGAGGCCUGUACUGGGCUCCAGGAUAGACCACCACUGCCCAAAUCAAAAGCUGGAGAAGCAGAUGGGGAAACAGAUGCUGGAGAAAGCUGCACCCUACUGGCAACUUAGUUUGGGGAAACCACUCUGGGCAGAAUUGUGGAGAAGCAAAAUCCUAUAUCCAGGAAUCUGGCCUGCCAGCCCCCAGGAAUUAGGAAAGCCCCCUUUCUCCUGCAGUGUUUCUGCAUCGCCCUCUGCUGGCAAAACACAACAUCAUGCAAACUGCAAAGGAAACUUUUAAAGGGCUUUUGCCCAUUUUCAUAACAGCAGGCAGCAAACUGAACUUGGAGCUGAAAGACAAUGACAUAAUAACUCGCAUGUCAACAGAACACAAGGUCUAUUAGCAAAGAUUAAGAAAUAUUAACUACUUAAUAAAUCACAAUGAGAUGGGAACUCCAACAACUGAUAGAAAUACAAAUAGGUGUAAUUUUUCUUGAAGACAAGUUAGUAGAAAGUUUAUCCUAUAAUUCGACAUGAAGGAUCUUAUGUAGAAAUAGAGAUGCAAAGACAGUCUUCAAAUAUAAUUGUUAUUUGUUGUGACAGAAAGAAGUGAAAAUCUUAGAUGUUCAAAAAAUAGGAAAAGAGAUUAAAGAAGAAAAGACAAACAUUUACUCUGAAGAUGUUAUGUGGUCAUUAGGAUUUUUUUUCCAAAUUUUAAUUAUAGAGCUAAAUUCUCUUUAUGUAUCCAAAUGAGAUAUACAUACUACAAAAUAUUUAUUAUCAAUAAGAUGCAUAUGUGUUUGUAUCUGUACAUGCACACACUAAUAUUUGUAUGUGUAUACACAAACCAAAAUUAGAAUGUUAAAUGUAGUUUUGUCUAUAUUGUAGCAUUAUGGGUGUUUCAUGUC